ACUAGAACAAUCUGCCUUAGUCGUGCUUUAGUAGCAGCAGUUGGGCGGUGUAAAAGUCCGGGUGACAUUUUGCCUUUGCGCCCAACCAUCAAUUUCCUCUACAGACUACUAUUGGAUCCCUAUAUCAAACCUCCUCUCCUCUCCUCUCCUCUCUUUUACUGCCAGCCAUUGCUCAAGCCAGUGAUAUUUGUCUUUACCUAGGACGCCAAAAGGGAGAAUCAAAUAAUUAAUUCGCCCAUUAAGCCGUCGAUUCCACCAAACCAUCGCCAUGGCAGACACAAAAGUCUACCGCGCAAGCACCACCGCCCCCGUCAACAUUGCCGUAGUCAAGUACUGGGGCAAACGCGACGCAAAGCUCAACCUCCCUACCAACAGCUCCCUCUCCGUGACGCUGUCCCAGAGCGACCUCCGCACCCUCACGACCGCCUCCUGCUCCUCCACCUACACCGGCGACGACAGCCUGCUGCUCAAUGGCGAGCCCUCCGAUGUUUCUGGCGCCCGAACCCAGGCUUGCUUCCGUGAGCUGCGCGCCCGCCGAGCUGCCCUCGAGGCUGCCGACGCUGCGCUGCCCAAGCUGUCGACUUUCCCCCUGAAGAUUGUGUCCGAGAACAACUUCCCCACGGCUGCUGGUCUGGCUUCGUCUGCCGCCGGCUUUGCUGCCCUCGUCCAGGCCAUUGGCAACCUCUACGAGCUCCCCGACUCUCCCUCAGAGCUGUCCCUCAUUGCUCGCCAGGGCUCUGGCUCUGCCUGCCGCAGCUUGUUCGGUGGCUAUGUCGCCUGGAGAAUGGGUGAAAAGGAGGAUGGCAGCGACUCCAAGGCUGACCUGGUUGCCCCCGCCUCGCACUGGCCGAGCAUGCGCGCGCUGAUUCUGGUUGUCAGCGCCUCCAAGAAGGGCGUCUCGUCCACCUCCGGCAUGCAGCAGACCGUCGCGACCUCGGGCCUGUUCCAGCAGAGAAUAUCCACCGUCGUCCCCGCCAACAUGGCCCUGAUGGAGGAUGCCAUUAAGAACCGCAACUUCCCCCAGUUCGCCGAGGUCACCAUGCGCGACUCCAACUCGUUCCACGCCACCUGCGCCGACACCUACCCUCCCAUCUUUUACAUGAACGAUGUGUCCAAGGCUGCCAUUCGCGCAGUCGAGGCCAUCAAUGCCCAGGCUGGCAAGACUGUUGCUGCUUAUACCUUUGAUGCCGGCCCCAACUGCGUCGUGUACUACCAGGAGGAGGAUGCGGCGACGGUGUUGGGCGCCUUUGCGCCGCUCCUGGCUACCGCCGAAGGCUGGAAAGAUGGAAGCGUCGUCAACGCCAGCGUCAAGCUGGAUGAGGGCAUCGCAGGCACUAUCAAGGAGGGCGUCAGCAGAGUCAUCAUGACUGGUGUUGGAGAGGGCCCUCUCAAGACGGAUGAGUUCCUGGUUGCUGAGGAUGGCACGCCUGUGAAGCGAUAGAUGGGAGGCAAUAGAAUCUGGCGUUUGUUGGGAUACAAGCCGUAAAUGUACAUGGCAAAAAGAAUUAUAUACCAAAAGUUUAAUAUGUCAAUAGAUGGAUUGAAGAAACAGCAUCUCAUGCAUUUUUAU